AUGUCACCAAAGGUCCUCAGCAUCUUCUCCAGCUGCAUUGUUCUCACCUCUGGCAGAAGGUUCAGCCUGAGGAACACACCGGAGAACAACAACAUGAAAGACUCUUCGUUCAUCCAAUCGCUUUACGGCUACAAUGACACCGAUAACGGCUACAAUGACACCGAUUGGGACUACGAGGUGGUAGAACCUUGUACUUACGAGAACAACCGCAGAGUGCAGCUGGUUGUGGGUCAGUACGUUCACUCCAUCAUCUUCAUCCUGGGCUUCGUGGGGAACAGUCUGGUGAUCGUUACCUACGCCUUCUACAAGAGGACGAAGUCCAUGACCGACGUCUAUCUGCUCAACGUGGCCAUCGCUGACCUGCUGUUUGUGGUGUCGCUGCCUCUCAUCGUCUACAACGAGAUGUGGGCGUGGUCCAUGGGGCCGGUGGCCUGCAAGCUGCUGCGCGGCUCUUACAGUGUGAACCUUUACAGCGGCAUGUUGCUGCUCGCCUGCAUCAGCACGGACCGCUACAUCGCCAUCGUCCAGGCCCGCCGCAGCUUCCGCCUGCGCACGCUGCCCCACAGCCGCCUCAUCUGCGCCAUCGUCUGGACUUUUGCUUUUCUUCUGUCCGUCCCAACAUUCUACUUUUACAACUGGUACGAGCCGAUGCAAGCCCUAGAGUCCUUCAUGUUUGAGGAACACGAGAGGAAUGAGACCUCCGGACCUCCGCAGUUUGUCUGUGAGUUCAGGUUCAUGAAUGACAACACGGCCUGGACGACCAAGGUCGCCGUCCCCAGCACCCAGCUGGCCGUGGGCUUCUUCCUGCCGCUGCUCAUCAUGACCGUCUGCUACACCGCCAUUAUCCUCAAGCUGCUGAGUGUCAGAAACUUCCAGCGGCACAAGGCGGUCCGGGUGGUACUGGCCGUGGUGUUGGUGUUCGUCGCCUGUCACCUACCCUACAAUAUCGUAUUGCUUUACAACACCGCCAUCAUGUUCGAGCAGCAGAAGUGUGAAGCGUCCGAUGCCCUGAAGGUCGCCGAGACCGUCACGCAGACCGUCGCCUACCUGCACUGCUGCCUGAACCCGGUGCUGUACGCCUUCGUCGGGGUGAAGUUCAGGAACCACUUCAGAAGGAUCUUCCAGGACCUGUGGUGUCUGGGGAAGAAGUACAUGGCCCCACGCCGCUUCUCCAGGGUCACGUCUGAGGUCUACGUGUCCGCCCGCCGCUCGGUGGACGGAUCCAGCGACCACGGCUCGUCUCUCGUCAUGUGAUGACGAUCGCCGUGGACCUGGCGUGAGCGCUGGUUCAGUCCAAACUCAAAUC